GAAUGGAAUGGAAUGGUCGUAAGCCAGUCCACAUUGAACUGCCGAAUCGCGCGGAUCGGUUCCCUCGCCACGCGACUCCAUUCACUUUUUCGCACGCCUGUUGCUGCGGUUGUUCCUUCGCCGCCACUCGCUGCCACUCGGCCAACGGUGCACGUCUCGCUUGCGGUUGAUACUCCGACCAGUCGCGCGACUACUGGACCCUAAAAUUGGAUACCUAUGUGCAGGUGCGAUCAUGUUCGCUUCGGGUGUACCGUCUAGAGCCGAGGUACCAGAUUCUUGCUGCUUCGUUACGAGGGAUCGCAACAGCGUGACAAGAUCUUCGAAUACUCUUCGACCAGAACUAGGUGAUCUAGGGCAUUCGAUAGCGGCGAAUGUAUUGCCGGAAUCAUGCGAGUCCGAUGGAUUAAGCGUGUCCAUCGUGGCGCCUUGUCCAGGACAAUAUCGUUGACACGGAUAUUAUUGAGCAAAGCGACUCGAAGCGGGAUGUCCGUGGGUUCGGGAGGGCGGGCGCCGUUUAAACGGGCAUCAGCCACCUCUAUUCCUGUCACGAGCAAAUCCACGAAAAUCCGAUCAAAACCCGAAUCAAGGGUGGCGUCUGCCACGGGAAAAAAACGAGACGUGGUCGCGUCGCUUUUCAGCCCGAAAAGGCCAACAAACAGAAAAGUCGAGCGUCUGAAAAUCGGUCGACACGAAGCGAAGCUAGAGGAACAGCAUAAAGGACAACAAACCCAGCAACAACAACAGCCGACGCAGCCGCAACAGCAACAGCAACAGCAGCAGCAGCAGCAGCAGCAACAACAGCAACAACAAAUUUCGCUGCGUCAGGCACCCAGCGCCUCCUCGCUGGAGGCUAAAAACGAUAAUUCACCGGUUGGAAAUUGGAGCUCCCUCGGUAAGGAAGCGACCAAAGGGAACGCGAAGGGAGGUUAUAACCCCAAAGGACCCGCCAAGGGGUCCAGGAUGCAGGAGCUUGAGCGUGAAAUCGAGGUGUUACGCAAGGAACGAGCCAGACUCGAGUCGAAUCUACAAGAAGCUUCUUGCGACGCUCGCAAUCUUCAAGAGUUACGUGCCGAGCUUGCUUCUCUCAAGGAGCAGCACAGUUUGGAGUUAGAACGCCUCACAGAAGAGAACGAAGCUCUUCGUGCAAGACUGAGAGACGUGGCACAUUCUCCGUUGUCGGAUUCGGAGAAACAACAGUUACUUCUGGAUGUAUCGAGACUGCAUAAUUCUGCGCCAGCGUCCAUAGCCAUUCCUCAAGAUGAAGGUUCGACCCCUGUCGUGUCGGUACCGGACAGUGCUCAAUGUACUACCCCGGAUUGGGACAAACAUUCCUCCAGUUCGGUAUCGGAAGUUUCGGUCGCGUGUCUGCAGGAUAGAAUAUUGCAAAUGGAAGAAACUCAUUAUUCUACGAACGAAGAAUUACAGGCAACGAUUCAAGAAUUGAGUGAUCUACAAGCACAGCUUACGGAACUACAAGCCGAUAACGAAAGGUUAACAGAAGAGAAAGACGUUCUUCUAGAGUCUUUGUGCAGACAAACAGAAAAACUUGAAGAUUCGCGUUCGAAGGUUGAUACGCUACAGGGUUUGCUUUUGAGGGAGGAACAGCCCCAAGAAUCUUCUAAAGGAUACAAUACGGAAAGAGAACAAAAACUGGUGGAUCUUCUCAAGAGUGCACAGGAAGAACGGGAAUCUUUGUUGCAAAAGCAGGAGGAGUUAACGUUAGAAGUAAAAAGUUUACGAGCAGCUGCUGAAAUCAGCGCGGCGGAAACGGAACGAUUAACGAAAUGCGUGCAUUUGCUCGAAUCGUCGGUGGAAGCGGCGAACAUCGAACGAAAACAGUUGGAUUUGGAAUUGGCGGAAGCUAGACAAGAGGGUGCGAAUCGUAGCAUAGAGAUCAGCAGGCUGGCCACGUUACUGGAGAACGCUCGAGCUAAAAUCGAGGAAUUGGAACAGUCGCGUCAGGUAGAAAACAAAAGCGAAGCGGACGAACUUUUAGAUGCUGCCAGAAGAGAAAAAGAUACUCUGGAGACACAAGCGGCGGCUCUACAAGAGCAAUUGGCACGCUCUCAUUGCGAUCACGAUCGUCUCAGAGAUCAAUAUUCGCAGCUUCAAGAAGAAUAUAAAGUAGCACGAAAUAAUGCCAAGUCAGCUAUCGACGACUUGGAGUACAGAUUAAAUCAAUUAAAGGAUGAACGUUUAUCCGUGAGCACGGAACUUCAACUCGUACGCGACUCGUUAGCGGAAUUACAGGCGCAGUGUCAGAGACAUUUAGAGGAUAAGAGAGAGUUAAAGGCUGCGCUGAACGAAUCGCAACGGAAAGAACGCGAAGCCCAAACGCAUCAGUACGAAUUAGAACGUGCUUUAGCCGAUGAGCGUAAACUGCGGCAAGAGGAGAUUGCCGAAUGGCAACAGUUCCAAACGGACUUGUUGAUGACCGUACGAGUCGCGAACGAUUUUAAAACGGAAGCUCAAAGCGAGUUGGAGCGCGUUGUCAUGGAGAAUAAAGCUCAACGGGAUAAACUGAGAUCGUUAGAAGCGCAACUUGAUAAGUUGAAUAAAGGCAACACCGCAGCUCCUCAAUAUAAGACUUUUGUUAACGCUGCUGGAAAUUCUCGCAAACCCUCGAGCAAUAUUCUGAAACGCGGUCGUACUAUAAUAAAAAGGCGACAAGAAUCGAAAAAGGGUGCAUUACGAACGAACGUUUUGAAAACGAUCGGUGAGCCAGGUUCCCACAAAACCGAGGACUUCAAACUUGAUUCGGUCGUUUCAAACAAAUUGAAUCGUACGUUUUCGGAGGAAAACGUCCGAUCGGAUAAAUUCCGAUCCGAGCAUUCCAAGGAGCCUGGAUUAAACGAGAAAUUCAUUUCUGCCGGCGAGGUUGAAUUUUGUAUCGCCGCCAAGGAUACUUUGGAGGACAACGAAAAAACUUGUGUUCCCGCAUUGGAAGAUUAUGGCUUAAAAUCGACGAAAGAUACGUUCGAGGAACAGCGCGAUUCGAAAAGAUACUCGUCGAUGGAAUCCGAUGAGUUCGAGGGAAAAGUAUCGAGUGGAAAUUUAAACGAAUUUACGAUAAGCGCCGAAGAUUAUCCGAAAUUAUACGUCCCGAAUACAUUUGUCUCCGUGGAAAACACAGCUGCAAAAUCUUAUCUGUUGAAAAACAUCAAAGGCAUUCAAAGUACGGGACAAGAUUCCUAUUGUAUUAAUAUAUCUAAUAGCAGGUUCUUCGUUCCUAAAAAUUAUGUGUAUUCCGGGAUGGAAAAUGCAAUGGACGAUUUGAAAUUCGAGGUUGAUCCAGAAAUGAGAAAGAUGUUGGAGGAAAGUACUCGAGAAAAUAGUAACGCUGAAAUAUUUCGCAUACGAGCCUCGGAAAAAUUAGACGAACCUGAUCCAGAUGGAACAGGAAGCGCAGUUUUAUUUAAUCCGAAGGCGAAUCAGAAAAUGACGCAGCAACCACCUCAAAGGCCAGCGAGCACUCCGACCGAAACUCAACAAUGCGUAUUGACGAGUGUGCAACAAGAAAUAGCCGCGCGUCGUAAAGCUAAUAUUUCGCGUCAAGACUCGAGGUUGUCCGUCAAAUGUUUAAUAGAAAGCAUAGAAAAUGCUACGAAGCAAGCGAAAGCAGGACCUGGAAGUCGUAGCAGUUCUACGUCUUCUCUUAAUAGUAUCGGAACGAAUGAUAUAAUGACGUUAAAAGCUCCACUCAGGGAUCAGCAGCAAAUCAAUAAUUUAAUCUGCACAGCGAAUACAACGAACAACAAUAAAACUCAAGCUACGAUAGCGAGAAAACCUUUGUCAGAAACGAAGUCAACAGUACCUGUGGUGUUAAGCCCCGGUGAAUUGCUGGAUUCUGCCGCCCUAAAUGCCAAGGCUAUCGACUUUGUGCGUCGUAAUAGCGUGACAGAUUUGUCGGAACGCAAGGAUCCGUUAUGCGGUUUAAUAAAGAACGGAGGCUCGAAACGCAACGCUUUGCUCAAAUGGUGUCAAAACAAAACGUUAGGCUAUCGGAAUAUCGAUAUUACAAAUUUCAGUAGCUCGUGGAACGAUGGUUUAGCGCUAUGCGCUAUCCUUCAUUCCUAUCUGCCGCAUAAGGUACCAUAUGAUACGUUAACGCCGGUAGAAAAACGAAGAAACUUUUCGAUUGCUUUCUCCGCUGCGGAAAGCGUUGGAAUACCUACUACUUUGAAUAUAGGUGAAAUGUGUCAACUGGAGCGACCUGAUUGGCAACAAGUCAUGACAUAUGUAACCAGUAUUUACAAACAUUUUGAAACGUAAUUUUGGUUCGAUGUCUCGUAACGCCGAGGCAGGUCCUCAACAAUGAAAAAUGUUCUUCGACUUCACGAAAAUGAAUAAGAACAAGAUCAUCUAGUCAACCAAAUUCUAUAGGGACUAAAUUUACAAGGACUUGAACUUCCAACGAUCACUGAAUUAUCAUCCGCCCUAUGCUUACGCUGUAUAAUGAUCACGAGUGAAUUUCAUGAAAUACUAAACACACCAAAUGGAAUUGCUUUUAUUAUGAGACUGAAUGUUUAAUUGUAUAUUCAUAUAUAAUAUAAUAUAUAUAUAUACAUACAUACAUACAUACAUACAUACAUACAUACAUACAUACAUACAUACAUACAUACGUACAUACAUACAUACAUACAUACAGAAAUGUAUACAUGUAUACAUAUAUAUUAAGGACCGAGAUAAAGAAAUUAGAGGCAGGGAUUUAAAUACCGGAGACGUGUGCUUCUUCCGUGUACAUGAAGAGAAAAAGAAUAGACGAACACAAGCUUUAUCGAAUGUUCUGUGCGCGAAAAUAUGUAUGUUCAGUGCCUCCAUUGGUAAUGCCAACAGUUAUUAAAAGCAAGAGAAUUUUUCUGAUUAUCAUCUUGCAUUUUUGUAACUGAAAACUUUCGAAAUAUAUUUUCGUUCCUCGUAUCGUAUUUUUGUAAAUGUAUUAUUUUUCGAGAAACUUUUGUAGUUUUACGAACGAUGUACAGAACAAAAGCGCCUUAAUUUAAAAGACUUAAUUUAUUGUAUUAGUCACGUUUAGUAUACUAUGAAGUCGAGCAGCAAAAUACUAGAGAGAAAGAGAGAAAGAAGAAAACAUCGUUUAAGGUUCGACUUUCCGAGCUAAAUAAACAACAAACGAGUAUAAGGAUUAAAUUCUCUGUGAUAUAGCGAGAUAGCCCCAAAACAGAGAUAAAAACGUUAUCGUUAUUGCUCUUAUUAUUAAAAUUAUUAUUAUUACUUAUCACUACUAUUACUAUUAUUAAUAUCAUCCUCACUGUCAUUGUUGUACCAUUGUAGACAAUAUGCUGUCUGACAUAAAACAAUAAACUUGCCUAAUAAUUAUUUAA